CCAUCAUUGAAGGUUUUAGUUUCUUGCAUUAUUUCCCCCUCGCCCCACUGUUUACCACGAGGGGGUUAUGGGAACUGGUGAUCAUGGCAACCAACGCAAACACGUUUAAGGAGCGCAAGCUUUUCGCCGGGUAUUUUAAAAUACCAAUCUACACAGAAUAACCACAAGAAGGAGGGCAGCCAUGGCUUUUUGUGAUGACCUGUAUUUUGAAAGAAUAGGAGCUAUUCAACAAAGCAUGCACAAAAGGGAGAAGAAGAGACUGGCGUUGGAGAGAGAGUUGUUUGCCUAUUCUAGAUCUGAUAAGCGAAUCUCACAGUUAAAGUGUGCCAAACUGCAUGGUCAUCUCAAAGAAAUCUGUGAAAGAGAGAGGCAAGCGAAAGUGAGGAACCUGGAGUUACUGAGAGAUGUGGAGUGCAUUGAGACCAGUAUGAAGGACCAGCAUCAUGACCAUAGCUCCCUGCAUCAACACAAGCUUGAAUUCUUCAAUCGAAUUUCCAAAUGUAUGGCUCUAAGGAAAAAGAAAGAACAGCAAAGUGAUGAAGAAAAUAAGGCAGCUUUUUUACAAACGCAUGAGAAGGGUGAAUCUCUGUCUCGCCUGGCUAAGGAUUUAUACAAUCCAGCCGCAGUAUUCAUGGGUCGCCAGACCUCCGGAGUGACUGCAGCUGAAGAUGCCACCACAAGUGUACACUCACGCCAAGCACUGCAUCCUUCGCCCAAUCGUCGUCUGCGCUUCUCCGAACGCCCGCCAAGUGGCCUUUUGAAGGACUCCAAAGUUUCCGGAGAGGCAACCGCCGGCAGCCGAGCGCAUUUAUCAGAUGACAUUUCAGGCUCAAACGAUUCCCCCGACGGAUGUCAUUUGAGUGACAAACAUGAAAGGAUGACGGCGGCGGUUGCAUCGGUCUGUGCCUUCACAGCCGGCACAAGCGUGCCUUGUGGAGCUGAUCAACAACCUCCGUCACCUCCAGCGACCUUGACGAGGCCCUUAAAGAAUAGUCCGUCUCCGAACGGUGCAGGUCCUGCGUGUGAGAGGAAUUCUUCUGCAGAGUGCAGUCGCUCCAGAGAGGCUGCCCAUCACAAUGUCAUAACGGAGCGUGGGGAGAAAGGCCUCCUGAAAUCAACACAUGGACCCGACUUUAGAAAAGAAUCUCAAGAUGAGCCAGAAAGAAGUGUGAGCAUGAGCAUCCCCAGUUCCAGCGUGGAGCUCUCAGUGACCAGUGGAAGUGACCUCUCCAUCUCCCUCACUGAGUCUGAGCUGGCAGAGGUAUCCGAGGGUGGGCCCCACCACCCAGACGUCCCUCCUACCAGGAGGACUGAAGGAUCAUCGGGCCUAGCUGAGAAGAGCAGUUCGCCUGUGGAAAGCGAGCACCACAGCACCAGUUUACACAGUCUGGAAUCACUCCACACUGCAGACAGAAAGACCAGACCCCAAUCAAGUAGUGGAUCCACAUCUCUAGAAACAUCCUCAGGAAGGCUCUCCCCGGAAGGACUCUUUCAUCUGUUGGAGAGCAUUGAAGGACGGCUCCGUGGGGAGCAAACUAAUAUCUACUCAGUCUCGACACUUGGAGAGAGGAAACGCAACAUGCUGAUCAGCCUCUGUAACACCAGGGCAGCAGGCUUGAAUGGAGAGGACCUUGAAGCAUGUGGAGCCGUCGUCCUUCAUCAGCUUCAGAGGUUGUCAUGCAGCACGUCAAAGGGCUGCUUGUUACCGGAGGAGAUAGUUAGAGCUCAUGGCUCCAACGCAGAAGCCUGGCACAUAAGCUCCAGUCUCCCCCAUGAUGCUGCUCCACUGUGGGAUCGCUGGUUCAAGCACGCCCUCCUGCUCAAGGACCAGCGUGUGCUCAGCACAGAACGCCUGGUCCAGCUGUUCACCCCAGUGCUGCUGCCGCACCACGCCUCCUACAGCCACCAGGCCAAAGUGUUGCUGAGGACACUUCUCUCCCGGUCAAGUGAGGAUGAGGAGGGCCCUACGGAGAAGAGCGAGUCAUCUUCCUGCGGCCUGCCCUCCCUCCUGGAUGACAGUGGAAAGGCGCGAACUGUGGGGCCAGCCCAGGAGCAUCGGAAUGCCAACAGGAUGCAAGGAGUACAAAGUGGUGAAGAGGACAGCCAGGACGAAAGCCCUGUGGAAAGUAUUCCUAUUAGAGAGACAAAAGCAUAUCAGCUGCUUAAACAAUCGGCUACACAGGAGAAGUUGAAAAGCUCUGGAGGAGAGCAGGAGGAGGAGGGGGGUGGUCUGUCAGGAAGAAACGAUGGCCAUGAAGAGGACCGGGGGAGGGCUGAGCGCUCCUCACAUCAAUACCCUUACCCAUGGAAAGGAAAAAUGAAUCAGAAAAUCCCAGCUGUGCAGUCAAAAGCUUUUUGGGGAGAAUCAGAUGACAGCAACUCAGAGAUCGAAGCUGCGCUACGCCCUCAACCCUUUGGCACAAACAAUGAUGACUCAGAAGACUUCUAUGACUGAAUAUGUUCUUACAUCACCAAGCGUAAAAAGUGUGUGUAAAUAGUGUCUUCCUGCUCUGUGUUAAAUCCUUCAUAUCUGAUUAUAUAGUCUAGGCAUAUGCAUGCUGUAUCAUAAAAACAAAUAAUAUAGUUGAAACCUUUUACUGCCGCUAAAGUAUGUGAAGAGUUUUCCAACACACUGAUGUUAACCCUGCUUCAGUCUCUCUAUCUGAACGACUCUCACACCUCAUAAUAACAGCUUGAAAUAGAUUAAACAGAUCUUUUAAAGUGAUUUGUUUGCAGUAGGCUGUAAAUCAUGUAUUUUGAAUGCUGCAAGCAUCUCCGAGUGGUCUGCAUCUAGCAUGCUUGAGUGUAGUGAUGUGAGUCACCUGUGAAAUGACAAAGACAAUGGCCACUCUGGAUGCUACCACAUGAACUGUGAACCCACUGAAGAGGCUUGGAUCCCAGGACAAGACAGAGCCUACCAUCAAGCUCUGAAUGGAAAUACAGCAACAAAAAAAACUGUGGACAAAAGGCCUGGGACGAUAGUUUUUGAGCCGUUUUAUUGGCAUCAAGAAAUGUUUUGCUCCAGUUUUAUUUGAACAUGCUCUUAGGUAUCCCGUGCCUGUAGUAAUGUUGCAGAGUAAUGUUGAUAUAAAGAUGUCUUACAUAAGUAUAAAAACCAGGUCUGAAGUUUUACAAUUUUUCACUAAUUUGCUACAUAUUUACCUUCUUAAUAGCCAUUUUAUUGUUUAGGUCCCAAUCUUGAUUCACAUCAAGUUCAUCAUGUCUGUAGCUAUCUACUGCAAAGCCUACAUUCCACAAAAGAGUGUAAUAUUGGAGAAGCUCUGGCGUUCAGUUCAUCAGUAUGAUUCCAUUAGUCAGCUUUUAGGUGACUUUAUAUGCCUGAACCUUCUAAAGUAGGACUCAACACUCAUUAUCACUAAUGGUUGCAGCCAGCCCUGACCUACCACAGAAAGGGAAUGUGUUGGAAUUAUUUGGAGUUUGCUAAAAGGCUUCCCUAACAUAAUAUCUAUGUUAAGGAGCAUGUCAACAGACACUUGUGUGUGACAGAUGGCUUAGAGGAGAAGUGGAGUUACAUUGUACUGGCGAGU